AUGGAGCUUCUGGUCGCCCUCUCCAAGCCGGUUGCCGCAAUGGUUGGCAUCGCGGUCCACCAGCUUGGGGCGGUGAACUUCACUUCGGCCGACCGCUCUUUAACUUUGCUGAUCAUGACCGAGUCUUCCAAGCACUACUUGAACUUCGCUCACGUCGCAUCUGAUCCCCCGGUCGUUGUUGCCUCGGCGGAGCAGCGAACGGUUUACGCGCUUGAGAUCUCUGGGACUUGUGCGGAAUCGCAGACCCUGAAAUUGGAAUGGGAUCCACUGCUGUCCAGAAUAGGGAUAGUCACCCUUCAACCACUGUUCCGCCCAGAAAGUGCGCGAAAGAAGCUGGGCUUCGAUAACAAAGAUCGUCAGAAACUUCCCUUCGCUGCUGCCCCUUUGGCUGCGUUGGGGGAGUUGAGGAAGAUGUUUUCCUACGCUGUGAGUGUUGGCCAACCGCUGCGAGAGGUCUUGCUACAGAAGUUCUGGAAAUAUCACGACAUGGCGGAGGACGUGGAAGCAUGUCACCUGGCCCGCGAGCCAUCGCACCUUGAAGCGAAGAAUUCUAAGAAGGGAAACACGGUGGAUAGGUGCUCUGUUGUAAGUCCCAUCGACUUGGAGGAACAUCCCAAAAAGGCAGAAGACUACUUGGACUUUGAUGACUUGCUGGAGCAAUGCGACCGCGUGUUGCAGGAUCCCCACGUUUGCCAAGAAGUCGCAAAGAACUGUGAGCACGUCUUGGUGGACGAGUACCAAGACACCGACCUGCUUCAAGGGUCCAUCUUAAAAAGCAUCACCUCGGGCAGGGCUUCGCCGCAGAUCACGGUGGUGGGGGAUGAUGCGCAGGGGAUCUACGGCUUUCGAGGUGCUGACAUCACAAACAUUCGCGACUUCGAAGACACCUUUGAAGACGUGAGCGUCUUCAAACUUGAAGAGAAUUAUCGAAGCCACCAGAAGAUUUUGGACUUGGCAAACAGCGUCAUGUCAUUGGCCACCGAGGGCUAUCGAAAGACCUUGCAUUCACAACUUCCAGGCGGAUCAUUUCCUGAACUCGCGUUCUUCAAAAAUCGCUCAGCAGAGGCGCAGUGGGUGCUGUCGCAGCUUGAGUUCUUGCACAACGAAAAGGGGUUCCAGUGGAGGGAUAUGGCGGUGUUGUUCAGGAAGGGCAGGGCAUCGAAAAUGCUGGAGGCCAACUUAAGAGCGCAUGAUGUGCCGUAUCACUUGGUUGGUAAAAUGAAAUGGACGCAAUCUGCGCACGUCAGGGAUCUGGUAUCCAUCCUUCAAUGUGCCUUCAUUCCUCGCCACCGCUUGGCAUGGAAAAGAGUACUACAACUCGUUCAAGGAGUAGGCGAGAAGCUCUCCGAUCGGAUCUUUGAGGAAAUCUUCCAUAACUUGAGGUUGGCUCCUGAGAAGUGGAACAACUGUUCCUUCGCUCAGGACUUGUCGAGCCUGGCAGACUUGAUGGACGAGCUGAAGGAGAUGGACAAUGAUCCCAAGAGAUGCGUCGCACUGGCACGCGAGUGGUACCAGCCCUAUUUUGAAAACACAUUUGCAAACCAGGAGGAGCGCCUGGAAGACUUCCUGGUCUUUGAAGACUUCGUGGAGAACUGGGACAGGAUGACAGAUGCCUUGGAGGAAAUGAAUCUUUCAGCACUCAGCAGCGACGAAAAAAACGAUGUUGUGACCUUGUCGACCAUCCACUCAGCCAAAGGGCUGGAAUGGAACUGUGUUUUCAUCAUUGAUCUGGUGGACGACUUCCCUCAGUACAAUCCCCCAGAAGAAGAGCUCAGAGUGCUGUAUGUGGGAAUUACUCGAGCUCGUCAUCAGCUUUUCCUCACUUGUCCGGGCCAACCGCUUUCGCCAUGGCUGAACAGAACGCCGAAGCUCUCGGAACUUGUGCAGAUUCGAGGCGCGACGUCCAGUGAGAACUCAGCGAUGUUCUGAUGGACGUGGUUCCCAUCAAGUUCCC